AUUUUUUCCAAAUCCCUCCCUAUUUUGCUGAUAAGCCCUUGAUUAAGAAAAGUUACAAUAUUAUCUGACAUCUUCAAAGUCAGAACACAGGAAAGUUCCCCAGACAGGGUUGUUCUCUGCAAUGGAGUUUUCUUUGAUUCUAGACGCCUGUCUGUUUUGUUUUUUUCUUGUCCCAUUGGGGAGGAUGGCAAGUGGGUCCCGGGAUGUUUGGAGCCAGGGCAAGGGUGGGCACAGCAGGGACAGACAUACUUACCACACCCCUGAAUGGAAGAGGAAGGUAGAAUCCAGGCCUCCAAGGCCCACUUGUAGGGAAACCAGAGCCUUCCAAGUUCAGCUCUCAGUCUGCUUAUUCUAUUGUGACCAAUUGUAGGCUGGACAGUGACUUCUGUGACUUCAGCCCUAUGUCACUGGAGUGUGGGAUAAAAGCUUCAGGAUUUCCCAAAGACCAGGGACUGUUACUACACUUUCGUUACUGAGAGCUGCGAAUCGCCAUCUGACUGUUGCUUCUGUAACAGGAAUCAGAUCCACACGAUCCGAAUGCAGCAUCAACCCGAAGGACACACUUAGCACAGGAUCCGACACAGGCGUGGACAGAUUGGCAUGGUUCUUUCUGGGCUUAAAGAUCACACGCUAAGACCUAUGUGAAGGACCCGAGAGAGACAGGAGGCUGCAUGAAUUCUGAGAAAGAUGAUAAAAGGAAACGGCCUUGUUCUUUUGGGGCGUGGGCGAACAUGUGUUGAUGUCUGAAACUGGGCUCCCAGAAAAAGCUAGGCUAGAGCAGGAACCUGAGAGUCGAGGCACUGGGAUCCGAAGCCCCAUAACUGCGAAUUUCAUUUUGUUUUUCCUUUCAGCUCAAGUCUCUGACGAGGACUCUUGCUACAAAAAAAAACCUAUGCGCCCAGGGUAUUAUAUAAGCCCUCGGCAGGAGGGGAGAUAGUCGGGUCUGUGCGCUUCGACCGCCGCAGUCGCAGCAGCCACGGCGCAGCAGCAGCAGCAGCAGCAGCUGCAGCAGCAGCGAGAGCCGCUCAGGUUGAUUUAGAACGCGGGUGACAGUGGCCUGGCGCGAGCCUUCAGCUGACGACAGCCGCUGAUCCCGCUCGGUUUCCAUGGAGACGGGCAGGAGCCGCGGCGGCGGCGGCGCGGCUGUCAGCGAGCGCGGCGGCGGCGGCGGCGGCGGCGCGCGCGCGGGGGUCUGCAGGAGGCAGGAGCAGGCCGGGGCCCUCGCCGCAGACAUGGACUCGCAUUGUGAGUGCGCCGCGGAGACGCCCGCCGCAGAGCCGCCGUCGGGGAAGAUCAAUAAGGCUGCGUUCAAGUUAUUCAAGAAGAGGAAAUCGGGGGGCACCAUGCCCAGCAUUUUUGGGGUCAAAAACAAAGGGGAUGGGAAGAGCGCGGGGCCGACGGGGAUGGUGAGAAGCAGGACCCACGACGGACUAGCGGAGGUACUGGUGCUGGAGGGCAGCAAGAAGGAGGAGCCGCCCGGCGGGGGCGAUCACGGUGGGGCCCGGCCAAACCCCGGACCCCCCAAAGCCGCCGGGCCUGGCCUGGGCUCCCUGGCCAGCAGCUCGGUGGCCAAGUCCCACAGCUUCUUCUCCCUGCUGAAAAAGAACGGGCGAUCGGAGACCGGCAAGGGAGACCCUGCCGAGGCGAGCAAGGCUGGCGGCAAACAAAAGAGGGGGCUGAAAGGGAUUUUCAGCAGCAUGCGCUGGCACCGGAGGGACAAGCGCGGCAAGGAGGAGGAGGAGAAGGCGGCGCGCGCGGCGGGCCCGGGCAGCCUAGUCCUGCCCGGCUCGCUCACCGCCAGCCUGGAGUGCGUCAAGGAGGAGCCGCCCCGAACCGCGCGCCGCCCGGACAGCCCGGGCCAGGACGCCCCGCGACAAGCAGCAGGUGAGCCCGAAGGGGGAGAGCAGGCGCCCGCGUCCGCCGAGCGCGCCCCGGAGCGGACCUGCCUCGAGGCCGCGAGCCCCGCCGGCCCUGGCGACCAAAGCGCCCGGGGAGAGGACGCCGAGGGGCAUUGGCGCGCGGAGAAGCCCGGGGCAGCCCUCGAGUCGGGAGCUGGUGAGGUCCAGGCGGCCGAGGAUGCGUCCAGGACAGGUGACGUUCCGAUAAAGACCGUCCCCCUUGUCGACUCCGAAGGUGGCAGCGGCCGGGCGUCUGCCGUCCCUGACCCUUCCUCUGUUGAUCCACCCUCAGACCCGUCGGCAGAUCGUAUUUGUUUGAUGUUUUCUGACGUGACUUCACUGAAAAGCUUUGACUCUCUUACAGGCUGUGGAGAUAUUAUUGCAGACCCAGAAGAAGAGGCAGGUCCCAGCUGUGACAAGCAUGCCCCCGGGCCAAGCAAGCCAGUGCUCUCUAAAAAGAACCCCAGCGAGGUGGCCUACCAAGGAGGAGGGGAGGAGAUGGCCAGCCCAGAUGAGGUGGACGACACCUAUCUCCCGGAAUUCUGGGACAUGUUGUCCCAGACCGAGGACCAAGGACAAGGGCCCCAAGAGGGCGCAGCGAAGGCGGCCACUGCUUCAGACACCAAGCUGGCCCCUGAGACCUCCAAUGAUGUUCGGUGCGGGGAAGUAGCCAAGGACGUGUCCUCUGUCAAACGCAGGAGGCUCCACAAGAUCCCCAUUGAUCCUCAGCAGAAGGAGGAGCCCAAGCACCCGGAGAAGGAGCAUCAAGAAGGCGUCCCUAACAGCGAUGAGGGCUACUGGGACUCCACCACUCCUGGUCCAGAAGAAGAUAGCGCCAGCAGCAGUAAGAAGGCCGUCAUUCCCAGGGAUAGCGACAGUGGCAAUGCUCUCUAUGAUCUCUACACUGAACCCGAAGGAAGCUUAGCUGCUGUUCCUGCCACGGAGGACCCACCCUGCUUGUCCCGGCUAAAGCCGGUGUCUCCAGGCACCAUCACCUGUCCACUGAGAACACCAGGCAGCUUGCUGAAGGACUCUAAAAUCCCUAUUAGCAUCAAACAUCUCUCCAACCUUCCGUCCAGCCAUCCUGUGGUGCACCAGCAACCAGCCAGGAGUGAGAUGCCCAGAACAAAAAUCCCCGUUUCCAAAGUGCUGGUCCGCAGGGUCAGCAACCGGGGUUUGGCUGGGACCACCAUCAGGGCAGCAGCAUGCCAUGACAGUGCUAAAAAGUUGUGAGGUCUCCAAGGCCAAGGAGGAUGGAUGGGCCACGUGUUAAGGAAUACAGCACUCCCUCGGAAACCACUGAAGGAAGCUCGCUUUGCCCAAAGCAAACAAUUUAGGACCCACCCUUCUCCACGUGGCCUAGCAGUCUUUGUUGGAAACAGGGGUAGGACACCCUGGGAAGGGAAUGUUACACCUGGAGUUCAGAUAAGUUCCUGAGGAUUCUUUUCUAGCACUUUCCUUUCUCUUUUAAACUUAAAAAAAAAAAUGUUUUUUUCUUCUUUUCUUUUUAACUCGUGGAUCACUCAGAAGUGCAGAAAAUAAGUUUUAACCAAAUCUAGUGAAAAUAUCACACCAGGAUAUCAGGUUUUUCUAGAGUCAAGAGGGCCUUGAGGAAUCACUAAACAACAGAAUUUAACCAAAUCUAGUGAAAAUAUCACACCAGGAUAUCAGGUUGUUCUAGAGUCAAGAGGGCCUUGAGGAAUCACUAAACAACAGAAUUUAACCAAAUCUAGUGAAAAUAUCACACCAGGAUAUCAGGUUGUUCUAGAGUCAAGAGGGCCUUGAGGAAUCACUUAACAACAGGAUUCUUGCCUCUCUUUCCAGGAAAAAAGGAAAGAAAGAAAGAGAAAGAAAGAAAGAAAGAAAGAAAGAAAGAAAGAAAGAAAGAAAGGAGAAAGAAAGAAAAAAAAAACCCUUUGCUUAUCACUGUGUGGGAAACACCUGCAAAGCUCAAAGAUCCCUGUAGUUAUGGGAUGGAAAGAGGGGCAUGCUGGCUGCAGAGAACCUCACAACGUCCAGUUGCCAGAUACACAAAUAGGUAAAGAUCUGUCUCUACGAAAGCAGAAAGAUUCUAGUUUGGCUGGUUCAGAUCACUUGUCUGAGGAGAAAUAAAAGGCUAAUGAUUAGUUUAUGUGUUUUUUUUUUGUUUGUUUGUUUGCUUGUUUUUGAUUUUUGGAUUUACUCCUUCCUCUUGGUGCAAAAAUGAGGAUCAGGGAAUGAUCUCACUAAAUGCUAAAUACCCAGUAUUUUGUCGUGUGUGAACUUCAACCUUCUUACGUGUAGGUAAUGCCUAUUUUAACAGUUUGCCUCACGGUUAACAUUUUACAGCUCGUCAAUAAUGUAGAAUUUAGAGUCUGGUCUUAUAGCUGGGAUACGAUGACAAACCAUUGUGAUUCUUUAUGCACUGUAGCCUGGGGCAGGGAUACUUCUGAUUUAGGAGGGUUAUUUGCAUAUAUAUCUAUAUAGAUAUGCUAUAUAUAUACAUAUAUAUACAUGUAUGUAUGUAUGUAUGUUACUGAUGCCCUUGAACAAUGCAUUGCCUGGCCUUGGUUAACAGUCCAUUUCUCAGCCCAAACCAGAGAUUUUUUUUACCUUACUUAUAAAAUGUUGAAUCCAACCAUUUCCCCAAGGUUAGGAAGUGCGCAAUGAACAUAUGAAGAAGUAAUAGAAAAUACAAGUUUGAAACUAUUCAUUUGGCUUCUGCUGUCUAAACCUGUGCCUGAGACAGCUGUGUGCUUCCUGUGACACUGCCCGGCCUAAGUAAUUCUACUAAAUUAUUUUUGAGAAGUGGUUUGGUUCAACACGUGCUUUCUAAUAUUUAGGCUGAAACGCCAAAGCCUUGGCAGUUUGAACAAUAUAGUGAAGGGGUUCCUCGAAUGCUCUUAGUGUCUGCUGAUUAAACUGAUGUCCUCUGGGGAUGCGUUUGACUCAAAGGGCUGGAGCUUCUCCCAGAGGUGCUGCGGUCCAUCAGGAAGAUGGCACACAGCCCAGUGACCCUACAUGUGUGGGGCAGAGAUGAGCACACUGUAACUCGAGUUCCAGAGAGAUGCCUGAGGAAAGGUCUGCUAUUUUGUGUUUUAAGAUUUUAGUUCUAUUUUGUAAAAGAAGAAAAGAAGCUAAAUAUAUGAAAACUUAUUUUAAUAGUAUGAAGGAAACAAAAGUAAGUGGACGUCAAAGAAGACUUGGUAAGGCAUAAUGGAACCUGUUCCCGUUUUCAGUUUGUGGCGACUCCCUUAGAAGAGGGGGCAGAGGUCUGCUGCACCCCUGAGUUAGAUUACUGACUUUUACUGUGUUGUCUCAGGUCCUUGAUGCUGUCGCCAAGCAAUGCGUUAAGUUUUAAUGUCCCUGUGUCUAGAGGUGAGACCCUCCAUGUGUGCCUCACUCUCAGCGUUGGCCUCAUUCUCAGAAACCAUACAAGCAUCUCAGACAUGCUCAGGAAUCCAUCAGGAUAAAAACUACCACACAGAAGACAUCUCAGAAUAGUUGGGGAUUUGGCAAUAUUUUGAAAGUCACCUUGCCCUUGAGAAAAAAAAAACUUUAAAUUUGAUUAGUAUUGAUAGAAAUGUAUAGCCUCCAAAAUACGUUUGUUUCCCCCUAGAACCAGAGAGGAUAUAAAUUAUACUUCAAGCGGGAAAACAAAGGAACUUUCUCCUUGUGCUUUUCCCUACAAAGAUUAAGUUCACCUUUGCACUCUCCAUGGCUGGGUUUUGUUUGCGCUUGUUCAGCUGUGCAGGAAAGGUAGCGUAAGAAUGGGCUCAGCGGUUGUCAGAGGAAUGGCAGGUGGUUGCUGAGGCCCUGGAAGCCACUCCUUCAAGCGUUCCCAGCUUGGGGGUUUAUCUGCAAUCACCCUCUAUGGCAUCCUGGCUUUAGAAGUGAAGGAAAAGUUUAGCAAUAUUUACCUUAAUUUUCCCUGGCAAUUGACCAGUUACAAAAGACUUAAAAGGCUUUAUUUAUAAAAUUCUUUUCGCCACACUUCCCCCGGCUCCUGAUUUUUCCCCGUUAUCCUGCACAUUUAAGACCAACACUCUGCCAGUCCAGUAAAGGACUUGAUGGUGAACUAAAUGUCCUUAGUCGUUAGCAGGUAGCACAGUGGUCAGCUUUCUCCAAACGCAGAGUAGGGGUCAGAGUUGCUUUCUUGGGCCAAGGGUUACUUUGUCUUAUCUGUGUAUGAAAGAAAUUUCUAGAUUUACAUGCGACUGUUUGUAAAUGUGUUAUCUAAUAGUCUUCUGAGAAUUUGACAGAUUUCUUUGCUUACUUUUUUAGAGAAAUGUCAGACAUGAGCACAUGGGGAUUUCUUGGUAUGUACAGUUCUAAGGUCCAUUGGGUUGGCACUCUUUGGCUAAAGAACUGUCCCAAAUCAGCCAAAUCAAUUGUGGGGCAAGACUUUGUCUGUUUAAUGGCUCUGCACAAGUAUCUUUAAUAUCUACAACACACACACACACACACACAACUUAAAGCCAAUUUAGUCCUGCCAUGGCUCUGCUGGCAGCAGAGGCUCUUAUUCUCCUCAUCACGGAGUGGGAGACAUUUCAUUUACCACAGCAUCUCCAAUAAUCACUAGAGGAAAGGAAUUUUUAUGACUUCACGUACCAACAAUGCAAGGCAGACCAUCAGGACUCCCUUGAGAUGCAUUUUUGCACAAAACUUACCUGCCUUCUGCCGUGCAAAUUCAGUGUUUCAUCCGUGCAGCCGAUGCCUUGCCCAGCUUAGAGGGCUUGCUCUCUCGUCUCAGUUCUUCACUUAUUGAAAUUAAUAUACAAAGAGCCCUUUGAUGACUCAGUUGUCGAAGUCAAAGAAUCUAUCAGGGUUAAGAUUUCUUUGGCCAAACUUUCUAAGACUUUCCCUUUUCCCCUCUCUGAUCUCUCUGGGGAGGUCUUUAUUGAGAACAUUACCUAAAGAGUUUGACUCAAGUGGCUUUAUUUCUCCUGUUUUCAUCAUAGCUAUCUGCCACCCUGGGGUAGUGACAAUAUCACACUCCCCAUGUUUUUGGCCUUGUGGACCAUGUUAGUAUGUUUGGGAUCAUGAGACUAUAACAUGUUGUUGGCCUUCUGGAUCAUGUUAGCAUGUUUGGGAUCAUGAGACUAUAACAUGUUGUUGGCCUUCUGGAUCAUGUUAGCAUGUUUGGGAUCGUGAGACUAUAACAUGUUGUUGGCCUUCUGGGCCAAGUUAGCAUGUUUGGGAUCAUGAGACUAUCACAUGUUGUUGACCUUCUGAACCAUGUUAGCAUGUUUUGCUCCCUGCUUUUUCAGUCAUUGUCAAUGUCUUCUUUUCACUGGGAGUGUGAGGACUGGGCUCUCUGUGAUUGGUCCCUACUGAGACAGAGUAAUCUACACUCUGCUUCCCUCAUGAGUGUCAAAAAAAAUUAACACAAGAAUUUUCCUGUUGCCUCUCCUUGUCACCAGGAUGGCCAGUGAGAAGGCUCUGCAUAAGAGAAUCCAAACACCUCAGCUAACCUUGUUCCUACCCUUUCUGGGCCCACUAAGAAAGGUCUCAAUUAUCUGUAUAAAUUCAACCUUAGACAUUUUGAUUCACUAUACAAAAACACUGACAAACCAGCGAGGGACAAACAGGGUCUUAGCAAAGUGUCCCUUAGUUGCUGUGUGGCAUAAGGGGGCCUGCUCAGGAGGACCUCAGGGUGCUUAGUGUGUCCUCAGAGUGGUCGUUGAUUGUGUCACUUGGGUCUUUGCUCUCAAGACUUUCAGUGGCUGUCAGUUCUAGAGCGCUUCUCUGGCCCUUCUAUUCUGGUGAUGGUUCAAGAGAAACAGUUUGCUGCAACAAAAGUCACUUAUAAAAGAAGCGAUUGCUCUGCCUGCAGAGAUGAAGCCUUAGAGAGGUGGUUUGGAAUUGAAUUAGGGAGAGGAGUUCUUUCCUGAAUGGAAACAGGGAAGGUUAAAGCAUCACAAAGUCUCCAGCUGACAGACAGCAGCUUUUAUGAUAUUGACUUGAAUACAAUCCAAAGCAUAUUUCCAGGAUAGUCACCAUGUUUAACAAUUUAAAAAACCCAGUACAGUUGGGGACUUACAUGGCUGUGCUGUUAUUGGAUUUUCUUCCAUAUUCUUUAAAACACUUUCAUUUGACCCAUCUCAUCUUUGCAUGUUUUGCAUUUGUACUUAUUGCUUAUAGUUUGUAUGUUGGAGCAGAAUGGUGGUAAAUCAAGUCAUACGAAAGCUUCUAGUGGCCCAGCCCUUGCCUCUGUGUGCCAGUGCUCCUGGGAGCACUGAGUAACUCCACUUCUUAACAGCUGUAUGAAGUGACAUUGUCUCCCUGAUGGGACUUUGAUUCAGACAUGCUGACCCUUUUAUUGCCCCCACCCCCUCUCUCUCUCUUCUCCUCUUUCCCUAGUCUCUGAGGCAGGGCUGUAACUGUUUAGUGUCCUAUGUAGUAACACAGGAGCUAAGAGCUUCUGACGUUACUGACCUCACUCCACUUCUAACAGGAAAAGCUAGCUCACAUCCAAGCUCAUAAAAUUAGCUUUGUGUCUAAGACAUUGGUGCUUGGGUCACAUACAGGGGAGCCUGUAGCUCCUUGUUCCUCUGCGCUCCAAAAACAAACAACUGGCUUCCUUCUCUUUGGAGCACCCUCUCCUUCCAGGGAUUAGCAUGGAAAGUACAGACACAAGUCUCUUCUGUUGUCAUGGCAACACCUCUUCCCCGAUAAGAUUUUGGCCAUUCCAGGCACGCCUCACUUGCUUUCCUACCUUAAGCCUAAAGUAGCUUUGCCUUGAGUAAUCUGUGUUCCUUUCAUUGUAGUAAGAACAUUCAGCAUGAAGCCUGCCUUCUUCAGUUUUUACGUGUACAAUCCAGUACACGUGACUACAGACACACCCCUUAGAGCAGGCCUCUAGAGUUUCCACAUGCAGGAGUAAGGAACAUUUUCUUGCUCACUGAUCAGCCAUGCCCCCUCCUCCAACCCUGCUAACCACCAUUCUGCUCUCUGAUUCUAGGAACUGGACUGUUUUCAAUACCUCAGAUCAGUAGGAUCUGGUAGAUUUGAUGCUUGUGUGACUCACAGCUUCACUGAAUGUAACAUCUCCCAGACAUCAUGCCCACCUUGUCUUAUGUUCAGGGCUUCUCCCUUUCUGGAUGCUGAUCCCAUUGUGCUGCCUGGAUACUGUCUUUUAUUUUUCCAGUCACCUGUCAAUGGACAUGAUACUAUGUCUUGGCGACUGUGGAUAAUGUCCCGCUGUACAUGAGAGUGGAAAUAGGUUUUCAAGAUCUUCACCUCAAGCCUUUCAGAUAAAUACCCCAAAGUGGAAUUGAUGGACCACACAGUAAUUUUAAUUUUAAGCCUCUGAGGACUUCCCUCAUGGUGUGUUUCCCUCGGCAGACGCAGCAUUUUACACCUCUAACGUCAGCACACAAGGGCCCAGCUUCUCCACCAUCAACUGCCUGUCUGUUGUCUUCUUAAAUGGGAAGCAGCUGAAUGCCCCUUUGCCCCGGUUCAAUUCUGUAUUCUAGAUGCAAGCACCUGCCAUCACAAGCCAUCUGUUCUGUUUCCCCAGUGGCCCUGGAAUCCUGAUCUACCUUUCCAGGCUCAUUAAUUCGCUCAACUGGUACUUACUGAGCACAUCCGAUCAUUUUGUGGCUAAUUCUAUGAUCGUCCAUAGGCUGGGCUUCCUGUAGUGUUAGAAAGGAAACUCUCUACUUUGUUUUACACCCUUGUCUCGAUAGCUCACAAGAACUAUGUAAGACUUGUUUGGGUUCCAUUUUCCAGAUGAAGAAACUGAUUCUUGAGGAGGUUGAGGAUCACUGAGGCCUGAGUCACACAUGGAGUAACGGGUAGCCUUUGAACCUGACCCCACAGCUCUGGCUUUAAUUCGAGAUCUUUGUUCGGCCGUCACACCCCUUUAGAAUUACUCAUUUUAAGGUAGAAACUGAUUGAUGUUCUCAACUAUAAGAUUCAAACUCCAUUUUUAUGAUGGUGGAAGUCAUUUAGAUGAUUCUUUCAUGUAAAACCGGACUUGGUUUUUUAAAUAGCCAUUGAUGGCCUUCAUAAAAAUCUAUGUUAGUGUCCAAAAGGUUGAUUCAGGGACGAGCAAAUGUUUUCCUAUCAAGGUCAGUUAAAACUGGGGGUCAUAGCCCCCAGUUAUUUAGAUUGUACUUAUGGGCUGUAUAAUCUUAUCUCUGUUUUGCCAAUAAUAUAGGCAGAAAAGCAAUUUCAGUGGGGAAUCCAUAAGCCUUGUUUUCUUUCUCUCUGAUCCCAGGGGGGGGGGGGGAUGCCUUUCUCAGUGUUUUGGGGAAAUCAGUUUGAAAUUGCAUCAAUAUCACAACUAAAAAGAUUAUUUUACUCGUAUAUAUGCUACCUGCCUUUGGUCAGUGUAACGGGACACAGUGGGAAAUCGAUGCCGGUCCUUCUGACCCUGUUGAACUGUAAGCUAGGAGGAGUCAGGAGUUGUAUGUAAUAAUUAACUUUCUGCUGGAUAUGAGAACACACAUUUCGGAUGCAGUUGUGGUGCCUGGGUCUUUGAGAUGCAUCCAACCUUCUCAGAGAUCUUCAUAUCUGGAUCAUUUAAUAAACUAAAGUAGAAAUACUAGAAAACAUGUGGCCCCAAAGCACAGGGGCACAGAGGGCAAAUGCAGCACCGUCACUGUGUACGGCGUGUACAACGCUGGUAUCUGUGACGCGGCCUCAGAAGCCAGGUGGAAUUAACGAGAGCUCUUAACUGCCUAGUAAAGAACUGCUGACCGUUUUCACUGCUUCCAGAAUAAAUUUAGCGGAGCUCAUCUGAUGGAUAGCUAGUGGUGGAUUCCGGCAGAAUGUCGGAGAGAAUGGCUCUGACGUAGCAAGCCCUGUGGUUGUCAUUGGUCAUCAGCGGCCCAGCAUGCCCCUGAUGAGCUUCAGAUUGUCUGAUCCCCAGGCAGCAUCUCAGUGUGAUGUAAGGAAGUGCAGGUGUUGGGCAACAGUGACUAAGGAAAUCCAAGCAGAAACUCCCGGCAGGACAGCCUUCCUCAUGGAAGGGCCUUCCUGAGGACAGGGCUUGACUGCAUCACUUUUGUGCACAGGAGGAAAAUGGCUAGGAAUUGGUAGGCUUAUAUAUAUUAUUUUUAUAAUAGAAUGUUAAUCCUCUGAAAAGCAUCAAAAAAGUUAGUCUCCUAGAAAGAAAUCUAUGCUUUCUAAACCUACUUCAAAGAAGGGUUCUAAACACCGAUAGGGUCCUUUAUCCUUCGCUACUCCAGUGGUCUAAUGGGAUAGAUGAAUCGAUGUUUAUAUUUUUAAACCUGUAAAUAUUUUUAUUUUGAAUAUUUUGUAUAUUUGUUGAUAUACUUCCAUUUUGUGCAUAUGUACUAUUGUGCAUGUUGCUGGUUUUGAUAGCCACUCUUUUAACAAAUGUAAACAGGUCGGACUAACGCACUCUCCGCUUCCAUUCACCUUACACCGAAAAGACAACGUUGUCACGUUAACUGUUGUGUUUAAAUCCC